UGGUAGGUAAACAAUAACUUGAGGGCAAAACCACUGACACACGUUUCUAUUUUGUGGCUGAAAAACUAGAAUUGUGCAACUUUUGCCAACAAGGUAGUGGUCCUAUUGUUUUCUGGAAACACAUUAAGCCUCCGUGCGGUCAUGCUGUUCCUCCGGAGGGCUGCCCUCAGCUGCAGAGGUCUGACAGGUCUGCGCUGCAUGCCUACCGGCUUCACCGCCUCCAGAACCACCGCUACAUACAUCCAGGGCCAGAGCCCGGAACCACGUAUCAGAGAAUACUUCUACUAUAUUGACCACCAAGGACAGCUUUUCCUCGAUGAAACUAAAGUGAAGAACUUUGUCACCUGCUUCAAAGACGUAAAGUUCCUGGUGUUCUUCUUUAGUCGUCUGCGUUCAAAUCAGAGUGGUCGUUACGAGGAGGACUUCCCCUUCUUGUCCCUGUGUGGCAGGGAGAGGAACUUUGUGCGCUGCGACGACCGCCCGGUGGUCUUCACCCACCUGCUGCAGAGUCCUGCGGGGGCCCCGGGAGUCCCUGGAGAUCAGGAGCUGCUGUCAUUCUGCGGUGGCGCGGAUAAGCUGUCUGCCCCGUUCCGCCCAGAGACACUGUACAUGCACCCUGUCAGCGGACGACUCUACCACCCCUGCUCAGAGCGUGAUGGGGGGGUCGGCCUGGUCCGGUCUGCUCUGGCAAUUGAGCUCAGCCCAUUUUUUGUUUAUGCAUCGGAGCACAGCGAAUCAGGACAGCCAACGCACUUUCUCUGGGGUAGACAGAAGCACACAUUAACCAAUGAGCUCGCAGGAUGCUUCCCAACUGUGGAGAAGGGCAGUGGAGAGCAGGAUGAGCUGGGAUAAUGACCAAAUUAGUCAAAGGUGUGCAUUACAUUUUGAAAUGCUGUCCAGAUCAGCCGUCAGGGUCCCAUACGGGCAACUGGAGACGACUACGUCCUCACAGUGGGGAUCACAAUGUGACCGUUACUGUUUGAAGUCUGAGCUGAUGUGUUUUCCAACACUACUGUAUGCGGUUUGAGAGAUUAAUGGGAAUUAUAUUUAUCGUUUUGAAGUGGUAUAAAUAUUCAGUAUUUCACAAUUAAAAAAUCAGAGGCUUGCUUAUAGGUUGUGGCACCUGUCAAUCAUCUCAAACCUAUUCAUCCUCAAUUUGUUAUGUUGUGUUUGACAGUCAUUAUCCUCUUAAGAAAGAUUUAAGAAAGGUAACCUCGCAUAUAGAGUACAGAUGAUUAUACAUCUAACUUAAAAAAACAACAGAAAAACCCCUGAUGAAUGCUUAUCCUACAUGGAUAUAACAUAUAAUAUAUCAUUUUUAUAAAAUACUAAUACUUAAUACAGUAUUGGAUUUAAUAAAUAAUAUAAAGAUUGUAUACAGUGUUGCAGUUGCUUAGAAAUAGUAUUUAAUAUUUUUGAAAAACAAUAAAAACUACUGAAUGAACCUUA